AUGCAAAGUGCAAGGCAAAGUGCCACGAGUCCAAUGACUCCUAUCCAGGGCCCCAAUUUGAAAUCUCGGUCUGGGUCUACAGCUGGGACCGAUCACCUGAUUGUAGCCAGAAGAAGCGCCGCAACUGCUUUGUCCAAGCUGGUCACCGAGAUUGCUGGUACUGCAGUGGCUGCUGGGACCUUCACUAUCCCAUCAGACAGCACAAAAGAGGCUGUCGGUGAAAGGCUCGGAACAGAGAUAGAAGAUUGUAUGUACAGGAAUCUUUGUGGGUCAACUGGGGAGCCUAAUGAUGCCUAUAAAAACCAACUGCGGACCAUCUUGUUCAAUGUAAGGAAAAAUCCUUCGUUACGUGAUAGUCUGCUUGUAGGCCGUACAACACCAGAUGCUAUAUCGACAAUGAGCACACAGAACAUGGCCAGCCAAGAGCUGCGUGAAAAAGAUGAAGAGAUCAAGCGGGAGGCUGAGAGACAGCAUACUAUCAUCCAGGAACAGGGACCUCGUAUCAGACGGACCCAUAAAGGAGAAGAGCUGGUAGAGUCCGAUCCACAGACCAUUGGCACCGAAUCCGUCUUCUCUACCGCACCAGCUCGUCGGGACACUGCUACCGAAAGCGAGCUACCAUCCGCCAAGAGCCCGCGGCAUACCAGCCCAACUGCUGCCCAUGGCCAACAAUAUGCAGAUAGGACUGCGCGUGAAACUUUUGAUACCAAUCGCCGAAACUCUUCCAAUUUCAAUAUUGAGAACGUUUGGUCAAGCGUUCACUCUCCUGGCGCCUCUCACUCGGAACAGCAAUUCGGUCCGGCAUCCUCAUUCAAUGAGCCUCCACACCCCAUGAACAAAGUCCAGGAGGACGCAGAGAUUGACAACUUGUUAAGGGACGAAGCUGAUUCCCCGCCCUAUUCUCCCAAGGACAUUCAGGACGAUGGAGACAUUUGGCACGGUUCUGUGUCUAUGAGCUCUGUAGCUGAAUUUCGGACCGCCGGGAGACAUGUCGGUGGUGCGGACCUCAGUGCAAAGAUUCCCUGGUCACAACUUGUACCUCCAAGAAUCACAGUGGAUGGUCGGAUUGAUAUCCAAUUGGCAAGUAAUUACCUUUGCGGAUUAAGAUAUAGCCAUACUACAGAUAUUUCAGUGGUGGCCCUUGAGCAGCCCCAUGCAGCAGAUGAUGCCGUACAAUUCAACAGACUGUUCAAUUAUUUCAUGGACCGCAAAAGGUACGGAGUGGUCGGGAAACACCCUCUUCCUGCUGUUAAGGAUGCCUACCUAGUGCCCGUGGAGGCCGGUCACAGCAAGAAACCCGACUUUAUUGAACUACUCGAGAACAACCAAGUCCAAGAUCCCACACCGACCCGGCUUCUCCUCUUUGUUCUUGUUGUCAAAACCAACUUCAACCAGUCUACACCCUCCCAUACAACCCCCCAAGCCCCUUCCAGGAGUGCUGCCAGUCCUUUGCAAGGGGAUAAUGAGUACAACCCAGUCGAUCCCGCAGCGCUAGGCCUCGCUCAGGGUCCCGCCCAAGGUCCUGAUCCCCAACGAGGACAGUUCAACAACGGUUCCACUAACGCCCCGCUGCCUAAUCAAGCCAUCACUGGCCAGCAGGCAGCCAUUCACGUGCUUGGAUCACUAGCUGCGGCUCCCGCUAUCCAGGAGUUGUUGCAAAGAGUGCCUAAUGCGAGUGUCGAGCAGCUCAAUGUAAUAGCAGGCAUCUUGAGACAGAAUCCGUUGGCCGCCAAUAACCUGCAACUGCUAAUGGGUGCGCUUUUACAGACAACAAAUGGAACACAGUCAAGUUAA